AUGUCUAUAAUCAAAAAAUUGGUGUUUAAGAGGUUCAAUUCAACUUUGAAGAAAACUGCCCUUCAUGAUCUUCAUGUGUCAUUAGGCGGUACGAUGGUACCAUAUGCAGGUUAUUCCAUGCCCGUACUAUACAAGGGCCAAACUCAUAUCGAAUCGCAUAAUUGGACAAGAACAAAUGCUGGUUUAUUUGAUGUUUCCCAUAUGUUACAAAGUAAGUUAUCUGGUCCUCAUUCUGUUAGAUUUCUACAACGUGUAACGCCAACAGAUUUUAAUGCUUUACCUGUAGGGUCAGGGACCUUAAGUGUUCUAUUGAAUCCGGAAGGUGGUGUAGUAGACGAUACCAUUAUCACGAAAGAAAACCAUAACGAGUUUUAUAUUGUGACCAAUGCUGGUUGUGCGGAGAGAGAUACUGAGUUCCUUCGCAGUGAGCUGCAAAAUGGCUCUACUUCAGAUUGUCAAUGGAAAAUCAUUGAGGGUAGGUCACUAUUGGCAUUACAGGGUCCUAAAGCUACAGAUGUUUUGGGACCACUUUUAUUAAAGACAGCCCAGGGAAAGGAUCUGAAAGAGUUAUUUUUUGGACAAAGACACGAAUUCGCGUUAAAAGAUGGUACUUUGGUUCAAAUUGCUAGAGGCGGAUACACUGGUGAAGAUGGGUUUGAGAUAAGCAUUGCAAAUGAGAAGGCUGUUGAGUUUGCGGAGCAACUUUUGGCCAAUCCGUUAAUGAAGCCUAUCGGACUAGCUGCUAGAGACAGUUUAAGAUUGGAAGCUGGUAUGUGUUUGUAUGGUCAUGAAUUGGAAGAAAGUAUCACACCCGUAGAAGCCGCCUUGAACUGGGUAAUUUCAAAGUCAAGAAGAAAUAUGGUAGAUCAAAAGUACUGGUUUAAUGGAUAUGCCAAGAUAAUGGACCAGCUAAACAAUAAAACGUAUAGCAGAAUACGAGUCGGAUUCAAAUACUUGAAAAAGGGACCAGCUGCCAGAAAUGGUGUCAAGGUCUUCUUGCCCGAUGGUCAAACCGAGGUAGGUCUUGUUACGUCAGGUAGUGCAUCUCCAAGUUUGAACAACAUUAAUAUUGGACAAGCAUAUGUACAGAAAGGUUACCACAAGAAGGGCACGGAGUUACUUGUUCAAGUAAGGAAUAAAUUCUACCCGAUUGAGCUUGCCAAGAUGCCUCUUGUGCCUACACAUUACUACAAACAGUAG